GUUGCUUUGGAUCUGGAACUUCUGAAUGUGAUGAUCUGCGAAUGGGAUUCUGAUGAAUUCAUGGGCAUAGUUUGACAUCCUCGAAAACCCUAUCCAGGAGUAGUCACCUGUGCCUUGGUCUCUGGCGGCAAGAUUCAGAUGUGCAGUUUUUGGAUAGAUGAGAGUAACACGACCCUAAGUACCUGUUGUACCUGUUCAGUUUGAUUCAUUUAGAGUACUAUUGGUAACCGACCUACUACCUACUUCUAAAAACAAGGAUGACAAGAAGUAUAUAAGGCGGCAAUAGUGCACGUUCAUCAAGUUACAACGCUCAACGAAGUAGACAUCAUAUAUUUUGGAACAAGAACAAGAUGGGCAGCGACAUCAUUCUCGAUCCUGCGAUCAGGGAUCAUGCCUUGAUUGCAAUUUUCCUGGUCUUUUUGUUCGUCAAUCUGAUUCGCCAGAAUCUGUUGGUUCUCACGAAGGAUGAGCCGAAGAUUGAGAUGAAGGUGCUGAAACAGAACAAUGUUUUGGGCAGAUGUAGGAUGCUGAAAAGCGGUGGAGGACGUUUUUUAACCGAAGAUAGUUUCCGGAAUCGAAGAGCGUUUUACUGUAAGAAAGACACGGGACUUCUAUUGAACCCGCCACAACAGAAGAAGGGACUGGAAGCGAUGGAACAACAGGCCGUAAACUAUUUUUUUAGAUGCAUGUAGAGGUAAAUCAUAUAUUCUUGAUUGGAAUUCUUGUGUUUAGGAGAACCCCCACAACUACAUCGUUGUCGUGAUUUUUUUUCAACAUAAGUACUUUUAUACUAAAUUAGCAGUUGUUGACGAGCAGUUCUCCUUGGUAGUGUUGCAUUUGGAUAGCCACAACACCAAAGUACAAGUAGAACACCAACAAAACAAACAGGAUCCAGCCCAGAUGGCAGGCAUGCUGAAAUCGCAAAUGAUUUUCAUCAUUUCUCAAGGUGCUACUGGUUAUUGGGUCAACUUCCUUUUUACAGGAUUCUUAGUUGGGAAAACUCCAUUUCCUCUGACCUUCCGAUUCAAAAGCAUGCUUCAAAGGGGUGUUGAUGUCGAUAACCUUGAGCCAGGAUACAUAAGCGGGCUCUGUUGGUACUUCAUCAUCAUGAUGGGGAUUGGCGGAAUCCAGACGUUUCUUUAUGACGAGAAGAAAGUUGUCUGUCAUACAUACUUAGUUACAGCGAACUCCUCUAACCAAAUUAAUAUGGUGCCCUUCUUCGGGAGUGAAGUACUGUACUAAAUCGUCCCAUCGACAGUUUCGGAAUACUGCUCAGGGCGAAAUUCCAUUCCGCGUGUGGUUUUUAGUAGAAGCAGUUGCUUUUAAAAUUCGAAAUCGCCUCUUUCUUUUGCCGCACUUCCUCUGUAGGUGCCUGCGUGUAGCUGUACAUCAAUAUACUCACCUCUCCCAUUCCCCCUCAUCCUCCAUCCUCUAAUCCCUCCUGUCCCUGUUCGAGGAAGAAGGCAAGGUUAUCGAGCAAGGUGGCAUGGAUGACCCGAUGCAGAUGAUGAUGGGCGUCGCCCCCCAGCAGAUGCAAAACCCACUGAUGGGCGCACCGGACACCGCGAAGAUCUACCAACAGGAAAAGGAAGCACUAGACAUCUACUACUUCGAGUCAGUGCUUGAUGGGAUCGAGACAGAAUUAUGGAAAAAGUGGAAAAGGAGUGGGCCUGUGCACUAGAAGUCGUGGAGUCGUUAGACGGAAGCAGAUUCUUGAUGGGAAGUAGAAAGGCGUAGUUGGCUGCACGACGUAGGGAACUACAACUACGUCUCUUCUGAAUUUUUCUUCACGCACCAGACUCAACUGUGGUCCAUUAACUUUCUUGUUGUACUAUCCCCCCCAACAACAAAAAGGAUAUCCUCCCAUCCUCUUUCCUCUACUUUCUUGACAAAAAUAUUUUGACACGGUGAAAGAAUUGAUGAAGCGUCGUAGCUGUUGAUUCUUUCAGAGCUGCUCGUGUGACAGCAAUCGCAUGUGAU